UCUUUAAUAAUCGGAACCAGGCAAGGACUGACGAAACUACCAGCUUGCAACCGACCCACUCCGUUCUGAGGAGGCUCCAAGACAUCCCACUUCCUCACCCCCCACAUAUUGCUCGGAGUUUUCAGUCUACUUCUCUCCUCUGCUUGCGGCCAAGGGGAAGUUGCGGUCGUAGCUCACUAGUUUUGCUAUAUGCAGGCUUGACAUAUACCAUGUGGUUCUGUAUGGUUAGGUGAUUUAGCAUGAGUAGUUGCAGGUUACUCGAAAAUGAAAGGAAUUUAGCAGCUUGCUUGUGCUAAAUCGCGUAUUCAGUUGGGGGCAAGGUUCAUAUCUGUUAAAAUAUAGGACUGGAAUUAGCUUGAGUCGCCGUCAAGUUGGCUGAUACCAGAAGCGGGAUCGCAUGUUGUUGAACUCAAUUGUAGGAGUCGCCCCCCAUAUGCAGUUUAGAAUACAUGCUCAUCAGACUUCGGACAGAUGUGCAGCAAGUAACGCACAGCUUGGUCUAUAUGCGAUUGCUUCAGGGAUUAAUCAGUCAGUAGUGCACGCAGCGGAGCGAUGACAACCACAAGUGCCACUAUCGCCUUAAGUACAUGCAGCUAAAAUUCUCAGCUAUAGAAUGAAGAAGUCCUUGAUUUCAGGGAUGUGAGGCCUGACGCUGUGCGGGAAUUAAACUGUCGCAAAACACAUAUUUGACCUUUGGCAGGGCAUUGGGACCUGUUUCCAGCUAGUUGCUCGUCGGUAUUGAGUUGCAGUCAUUUUUGUUCGGAUCUCAGUUCAUCAUGGAAAUUCCAGGAGUGUUUGAUGCUAAUCUCUUCUGCGCUGAGUCAUUUCCUGAAGUCGAAACUUGUAAAGUGGAAGGUCGUGAAAAACAGACGAUUAUUUCAGACUUAGAUGGGACGCUCCUCAGAUCAAGAAGCUCGUUCCCUUACUUCAUGCUCAUUGCGUUCGACGCUGGAAGCCCUCUCCGCUUCAUCGUCCUCUUGCUGGCCUCUCCAAUAAUUUGGCUGGUCUACAACUUCUUCUCCGAGGCUGCCGGUACCAAACUGCUCAUUUUCAUUGCAUGUGCUGGCUUGAAAGCGUCCGACAUCGAGUCUGUAGCGCGCGGCGUGUUGCCCAAAUUUUACUUGGAAGACAUGCACUCCGUCAGCUACAGCAUCUUCGUCUCCUGCGGUAAGCGGUAUGUGGUGACUGCGAAUCCGCGCAUCAUGGUAGAGUCAUUUCUGAAAGAGUACAUGGGCGUCGAGGCAGUCAUAGGUACUGAGCUUCAUAUCACGAAGAGCGGUUACGCCACGGGUUUGGUAAUGGGUGCCGGUGUGAUUGUGGGAGCUAACAAAACGCGCGCUGUGAAGAAAUACUUUGGCGAUGACCUUCCAGACAUCGCUCUCGGAGACCGAGCCAGCGACUUUCCUUUUAUGGCUCUUUGCAAGGAGGCAUACUUAGUACCGAGCUUCAAGCCUGUCGAGCCAGUUGCCAAAGCUGACUACCUGAAGCCGCUCAUUUUCCAUGACGGCAGAUUAGUAUGUCGACCAACACCUCUCAUGUCACUCGUAAUUAUUCUCUGGUCGCCGAUCGGUCUUAUUCUAGCACUCAUUCGGAUGGUGUUUGGCACCGUGUUACCCAUGUGGUAUGCGCUGCCGCUGGAGGCCAUGCUUGGCGUUAGCAUCCGCGUGAAAGGAAUCCCCCCCAGCUGCCCCCAAACCAGCGGCAGACGCGGUGUGCUCUUCGUCUGCUCUCACCGCACUUUGCUCGACCCCAUCUUCCUGUCAAUAGCCUGUCGGCGACAAGUUACAGCAGUAACCUACAGCAUCAGCAAGGUCUCGGAGAUACUGUCGCCGAUCCCCACAGUCCGACUCACAAGGUGUCGGAAAACCGAUGCGGAGACCAUGACAAAGCUUCUCAACGAGGGAGAUCUUGCAGUGUGCCCAGAAGGCACGACGUGCCGCGAGCCAUACCUUCUUCGGUUCAGCUCCUUGUUCGCGGAGUUAGCCGACCAAAUCAUUCCCGUCACGAUGAACGUCAAAACGACCAUGUUCCACGGCACGACAGCCCGGGGCUGGAAGGCACUGGACCCCUUUAUCUUUCUGAUGAAUCCCAGCCCUAGGUAUGAAUUGGAGUUUCUAGAUCAGCUUCCGCACGAGAUGACCUGCAGCGGCGGGAAGAGUAGUCACGAGGUUGCGAACUACAUUCAACGAGUCCUCGCGGCAUCUCUGGGUUUCAAGUGCACGAACCUGACGCGGCGAGACAAGUAUCGAAUCUUAGCAGGGAACGAUGGCGUGGUUCCUGCAAGCCAUUUUUUGAAACAAAGAAGCAGGAUCUUCGCAUGCUUGCCUUCCAGGAAUAGUGAGAGAGGCCAGCGAUCAGACCCGUAAAAAUAGGGGUGGGCCUGAACGCCGGAGUUAGCUACCAAACAAUAUUGAAGGAUCUGCACCUCAAAUUCAGGGAUUAUUGGAAGUGAAGUUUGGGCCUGGACUUAAGGGUCUGAGUCCACAAAGAUUGUGUACAUAGUAUUCCCUCUGGGUGUUGAUCUUUCCUGCCUUACUUUGUUUCAGAAAAACUUGUCACACCAAGUCUAUAAGUGGCUGUAACUUUAGCUGCAAGUAGCUGAAUUGCUGCUUCAUUCUCAUUUGGACAAGCUUCCUAGAUGAAGUGUACUUCAGGGUUACAAAUUGAACGUUAUCGUUUUUUUAAGAGGAUCAAGUAACUCUUUAGUUCCAUGUCCUUUUAAAAAAAAGCACAUAAAACACUCCCUCUAAUUUUUCGGGUUAGGUUAGUGUGAUGAUUUUUUUUUCUAGAGCUGUUGUUCAUAGACGUCGGAUUUUUAAUCUUGGGAACCCCCUCCGAUAAUUUUUUUUAUUUUUAUUUUUUAAAUUUAAUAUUUUACUUACAGUUUUGCAGAUGUA